AUGAGCAUCGAAGAGCUUCGUAGUCAGAGAGGCUGUAUCAAGGGGAAGCUCACACGCAUUAUAAGCUAUGUUGAUGAGGUAGCGAAUAAAAAGAUUAUUCCUACGCGUGAGGAUCUAUCGGUGCGUCUCGACAAGUUAGACGCCGCUGACAAGGAAUUUCAAUAUGUCGUGGAAAAAAUAAUCGAGGUGAGCCGAGAGCACGAUUUAUCGGCCGACGACGUAGCAGAACAAGAAAAAUUCGAAGGUCGAUACUACGAAACUAAGGCCACGCUUUCCAGAUGGAUUGAACAGCUUCGAUCACAGACAACAAGCAAUGAUAACGGAAAGUACGUUAGAACGAGUAAUCGAGCAGAAUUGUUGCGUCAAUUCACUAUACAACAAACAGACUGUCAAACUUCGCUGGCGAAUAUCAAGUCUCAUGAGGUUACCUGUCAUAAAUUUGCCAACUUUCGACGGCAAGGAAGCGCGGCAAAGGCAAUUGAAGCGAUCGAAAUCUCUGAACAGAAUUACGAGAUCGCAUGGAAUCUGUUGAGAGAUCGCUUUGACAAUGACAAGACAUUGCGCAGGCGUCAUAUUCAGUGCCUAUUCGAGAUGCCACGAGUAGAAAAAGAGUCUGCAAUUGCAAUUCAGAAUUUGAUCGACUAUACUCAGAAGCAUUUGAGGAUCUUAAAAAGUUUGCAACUACCCACUGACGCGUGGGACGAGCUAAUUUUGUUUAUGAUGGAAGACAAGCUUGACAAGGUAACAAGACGUCACUGGGAAGAAUCCAUCGAGGCCAAGGACAAGGCAUCAAUCGACAUGAUGAUGUGUUGA